CCCUCGCCCCCGCCUCGCGGGUUUUCUUCGGCCAACAUGGCUGCUCCCUGUGUGUCCUGCUGCAGGGCGGUUUUGUGCCGCGUCCUUCCUGGGGGACGGGUUAGCCUCGCCCCCGGACCAAGCAUUUGGAACACUGCGGCCGCUGAGUUCCAGAGAGGCGCUGGACCCCAGAUAUCGAAGCUAAUACACACCUCUGUUGUAUUGACAAAGAAAAAUGUUCCCGCCUUAAGACGUGAAAUUUACACAGAGGAUUUUAUUAAGAAGCAGAUUGAAGACUUCAACAUAGGAAAGAGACACUUAGCCAACAUGAUGGGAGAAGAUCCAGAAACCUUCACACAAGAAGAUAUUGAUAGAGCCAUCGCUUACCUUUUUCCAAGUGGUUUGUUUGAGAAACGAGCCAGGCCGAUAAUGAAGCAUCCUGAGCAGAUUUUUCCAAAACAAAGAGCAAUUCAGUGGGGAGAAGAUGGCCGUCCAUUUCAUUUUCUCUUCUAUACUGGCAAGCAAUCGUAUUAUUCACUAAUGCAUGAAGUAUACGGAAAGCUCCUGCAGGUAGAAAAACAGCAAAAUCAACUGCAAGCCAAAGGUGUGCUUCCAGGGAAGCCGGAAAUCAGAGACGUCAUUGGCAGCAGAUGGCUGAUUAAGGAAGAACUGGAAGAAAUGUUAGUAGAGAAAGUAUCAGAUCAAGAUUAUGCACAGCUCAUUCGGCUACUGGGAAAGUUACUGGCAACGCAGUGUGGUCCAGCGGAAGAGGAAUUUGUGCAGAGGUUUCGCAGACACGUCCCUAUGCAAUCCCAAAAGCAGCUGAGUGUCCCUCUGCAGUAUGACGAGCACGGGGUGGCCUUCAGCUCCGGCGAAGGUAAACGAAAGACUGCCAAAGCAGAAGCGACUGUUUAUGAGCAAGGAAGUGGAAAAAUCAGCGUGAAUGGAAUUGAUUAUCUGCUUUACUUUCCGGUCACACAAGACAGAGAACAGCUGAUGUUCCCUUUCCAAUUCGUUGACCGGCUUGGCAAACACGACGUGACCUGCACAGUGGCGGGGGGCGGGAGGUCUGCGCAGGCUGGGGCGGUCCGUCUGGCCCUGGCAAGAGCCCUGUGCAGCUUCGUCACCGAGGACGAGGUCGAGUGGAUGAGACAAGCCGGACUCCUUACUGCAGACCCACGUGUCAGAGAACGCAAGAAGCCGGGCCAGGAGGGAGCCCGCAGGAAGUUUACCUGGAAGAAGCGCUGAGGGAGUUUGCGCAGGACUGAGGAGGAAAAGGCGAGACUGUGUGCCUGGGGUGCGGCACGCUCACGUGCCAGCCUUGCUGGGCAACAGCAGGGCA